AGUUGAAUCAGAAGCUGCUUCUCUCGAUGUAAGAAGCGAGGGCUGGGUCAUGGGAGAACAUGGCCCACAUUUAAAAUUGGUUUUGCAAGUAUCAAAAACUCCGCGCACGUCUCUGAGGAAUCCCACGGUUUACUGUCUUUCACAUGCUUUCUGGUAACAAGUCUAAUACUGGGAAGACAAUCGCUUCUGCGGCAAGUGCCGUGUCUGGGGUAACAGGGGAGCGUUGGCAGGCGACACCCCAGCUCUACUGCAAUGGGCCACCCGACUCCAGCCGGCUUGUUAUCUGACACCAGUACGUGCGUUCUGGAGGGAAGCUGUGAGCCAGCUCGUGACUGUCCAGAACCGAUUCUUUUGACCGUCUUUGGGGAAAUAAACACAUAUAAUUAUGUUGAGGUAGCGGUUUCUCAAUAUCUGAACUAUAGGUCAAGCUAAACUCUUAUGAUUGCUGCGUUCAGGUCAUUCUUUGGGGAUGCUCCUCGGAGCUCUUCGUCCGCGCUUCCUGGGUAUGAUGCAGGACCCUCAGCAUGGACCGAGUCUGUUCCACUUAAAGUAAACUCGAGCUCGCAUGGCUCUUCAUCAUCUCCAUUCUCAGCUUCAAAUUUCACGCCUCACAAUGCUCAUCCAGAUCCGCUUCUCGCUCUCCGCCGGAGGGAGCAUUAUAUCCAACAGGAUCUUCAGACACUGCUUGAUGCCCAGGCGGACGGCUUGAUCGCCGGCCUUACCGGCGACGGUCAAGCCCAUGAUGUUUCGAGCUCGACUGGUAGCUCAACGCCGACAUCGUCAAGAAACGCGCCUGAAUUUACUAAAGCAUCUGUGACAGCACAAUCUUCGAGGCGGAGACCUGGGUUACGUGCAGCACGCCGCGGAAUUCUAAGCAGUAUGCAUGAGUUGGCGCUGGUAAAGGAUGAGGAAUCUCACAUUCUAGAGGUGCAGAUGAGCGAAAGAGACCAGGUCUUGGAGAGAAUCACCGCGUGGGCAAAAAAGAAGGACGGCCUGCGAAAAGAAAUUGAGGAUAUCAAGAAAGGCCAUGAAGCUCUACAAUUGCAUGAUUUGAAGCUGCAAUCAGGUGAUCUCGAACGGGAAAUAUCGGUUCUCGAGGAAAGGCUGGGCGGCAUGAAGGCCAGGCACCGCGCCUUGGCUGGAGAAAUAUCCAGGUUGGAGAAUUCGGUACAAGCCAAGCUCUCUUCGUACACAACUUCUCUCUCCAUGGUAGAUUCCCAAGUUCAGGGAUUCCUCGCGAAACCGCCUUUAAAAGUUCCCAGAGACUUCGACGAGCAGAUGUCAUUCCUGAGCUUACAGCCAGAACGCCGCACGCUAGAUCUGGCCAAGGAACAUUGGCAAGUAGAGCGUGACUUUUUCCACGAAAAAUACACUUCUGCAGAGGCAGAAAGGGAUGCUUUAGAAGACGGUGCAGUGAUCUGGAAUGACGUCAUUACAGAGGCAAUGGCAUUUGAAAAGAGACUACGCAAUGAAAUGCGCAACAUUGGUAGCUCACGCUCCCUGCCUAGCAAUUCCCGCAAAGACGCGCGUGACCAUGACGACGCGUCCAAAGGGAUGAAAGAAAUACUGCAACUGAUGGAUCAGACAAUCCUCCAGAUCGAAAGCAAGUUCAAGCUUGCUGAGACGCGUGGCUGGAAGUUAUUAGUCUGCUGCAUUGGAGCAGAGUUAGAGGCCUUCAAAGAAGGCAAAGAGAUACUUGCAGAGGCAUUGGAUGCAUUGACCACUACCUCAAACCAGGGUCUCCUGUCGAGCGUCGAAGAGCAGGAUCAAACAGCAUCAAAUGCGUGGUUGGACAGCCCAGCAGGGUUGAGCCCCGUCCAUAGUCAUAGUCCGAAAUCGGAUUCUCGCCGAGAGACUGUGGCAGAACCUAUUGAUAGGUCCGAAGAUGAAGAUGACGAGCCGGACCCGGAGCUCUUGAUUUCUCAUCAAGAUACGGACCUGUAGAAUAAUUCGAUAGAAAGACCGGCUGGGUCUCAUGGGAGGCAUAAUACCUUCUACCCCUAGAAGAGUUAAUUUUAAAACUGAUCUGCACUUGUAUGCCUGGUGUGCUUUUGAUGAGUAUAUUCGCCGUUCGAGACCAGACAGCCGUAAAUGACGAAAGAAAAUUUUAAAUAAAAUCACUACUUCCCAAAUGUUACUAAUAUAAGGCAUCUUAUAAAUAUGCCAGUUUU